AGAGGCGUAUGUGCAAAUCGCGGAGAUAACGCUCUUCCCAUGUUGGCACAUCUGCCAAUUACAAGGCUUAAUAAGUUAAGUGACAAUACUGGUGACAAAGUCCAUUAAGAACUGUUCUUCUGAUGCCUCCAGUCCAGUGUCCCCAUUUUUGACUUGCGAGCAGCGACUGAUGCUGCAAUUUGUAGACACUUUCACUGGAUUUUACUAGUUACCUACAGCAUGAAGGCUGUGGUCACCACAGCUCUAAUUUUUCUAGCACUUCUGGUCUUGGAAAUAACUCUGGCACAAGGCUCUACAACAAUUACUAACACCACAACUGGAGAAACAACAUUGACUAGUCAGGAGACUACUGUGGAAACGGGAACAACAUCUGUACUGCCAGAUGCAGCCAAAACGUCUGCCACAACAAGCAACUCAGAGGAAAGUACUCUCCAGGCCUCAACAGUAGAGCAAUUAACAAGUACUAUUGCAGACACCACAAGAGGAGAAAGCACAUCAAUGAGUCAUGAGACAACUGUGGGACAAACUACCACUGACAUUUCUGAGACAACGACAGAAGCUGAAAUCACAACAACCACCUCUGAAACCUCCUUAGCUGAAGAGACAACAACAGCUAGAGAAGUUACAAGCAGCUCUGCCAAGACAACACCUCUACCUCUGGAAUCAACCACAACAGUUGAGGAAACAACUUCUGCAGCAGCAAACACCAUUACAGAGAUAGAAACAGCUACUGUGGGACAAACAUCAAGUUAUGCCACAGACACCACAGCUAUAGAAACUACAUUAGCAGAAACUACAACUAAUGUUUUUGCAACAACAUCCAUUCCUGGAACAACAGUAGCCACAGAAGCAACAACUUUAGAAGACAGUACAACUUCAGCCAUGGAGUCCACAACAAUUAGAGAAACAAAAUCAACAACUGCAGCUGCUGAAACGACAACAGAUCAGGGGUCAACUAUAAUUACUCUCCAGACCUCAACAGCAGAGCAAUUUACAAGUAAAAUUACCAACACCACAAUUGGAGAAAGCACAUUGACUGGUCAGGAGACAACUGUGGAAGCGGAAACAACAUCAGUAGUGACAGAAACAGAUACAGCCAAAGCAUCAGCUUCUGCCACAACUAGAAACUCAGAGGAAAGAACUUCUGCAGUUUUGGACUCAACAACUGAACAAACUACUACUGAAAUAUCUGAGACAACAACAGAAGCUGAGAUCACAACUACCGCCUCUGAAACCACCUUAGCUAAAGACACAACAACAGUUAGAGAAGUAACAAGCACCUCUGCCGAGACAACAAUUCCAUCUCUGGAAUCAACCACAACAUUUGAGGGAACUUCUUCUGCAGCAGAAACCACCAUUACAGAGAUAGAAACAACUACUGUGGGACAAACAUCAACUUAUGCAACAGACACCACAGCUAAACAAAUCACAACAGUCCUAUCAGAGGAAACUACAUUAGCAGAAGCUACAAGCAAUGUUGUUGACACAACAUCCAUUCCUGAAACAACAGAAGCCCUAGAGGCAACAACUUUAGAACACAGUACAACUCCAGCCAUGGAAUCCACAACAGUUACAGAUACAAAAUCAACAACUGCAGUUGCUGAAAUUACAACAGACCAGGGGUCAACCAUAAUUACUGUCCAGACCUCAACAGCAGAGCAAUUCACAAGUACUAUUGCAGACCCAACAACUGGAGGAAGGACAUCAAUGGUCCAGGGGACAACUGUGGGACAAACUACCACUGAAAUUUCUGGUACAACCACAGAAGCUGAAAUCACAACUAUCCCCUCUGAAACCACUAUAGCUGAAGAGACAACAAUGGCUAGAGAAGUUACAAGCAGCUCUGUUGAGACAGCACCAUCACCUCUGAAAACCACCACAACAGUUGAGGAAACAACGUCUGUAGCAGAAACCCCCAUUACAGAGAUAGCAACAUCUACUGUGGGACUCACAUCAACUUACACGACAGACACCACAGCUACGGAAAUCACAACAGUGUUAUUGGAGGAAACUACAUUAGCAGAAGCUACAACCAAUGUUGUCGAGACAACAUCCAUUCCUGAAACAACAGAAGCCAUAGAGGCAACAACUUUAGAACACAGUACAACUCCAUCCAUGGAAUCCACAACAGUUACAGAUAUAAAAUCAACAACUGCAGUUGCUGACAUUACAACACACCAGGGGUCAACCAUAAUUACUGUCCAGACCUCAACAGCAGAGCAAUUCACAAGUACUAUCGCAGACACCACAACUGGAGGAAGCACAUCAAUGGGCCAGGGGACAACUGUGGGACAAACUACCACUGAAAUUUCUGGUACAACCACAGAAGCUGAAAUCACAACUAUCCCCUCUGAAACCACUAUAGCUGAAGAGACAACAAUGGCUAGAGAAGUUACAAGCAGCUCUGUUGAGACAGCACCUUCACCUCUGAAAACCACCACAACCGUUGAGGAAACAACGUCUGUAGCAGAAACCCCCAUUACAGAGAUAGCAACAUCUACUGUGGGACUCACAUCAACUUACAAGACAGACACCACAGCUACGGAAAUCACAACAGUGUUAUUGGAGGAAACUACAUUAGCAGAAGCUACAACCAAUGUUGUCGAGACAACAUCCAUUCCUGAAACAACAAAAGCCCUAGAGGCAACAACUUUAGAACACAGUACAACUCCAGCCAUGGAAUCCACAACAGUUACAGAUACAAAAUUAACAACUGCAGUUGCUGACAUUACAACAGACCAGGGGUCAACCAUUACUGUCCAGACCUCAACAUCAGAGAAAUUCACAAGUACUAUUGCAGACACCACAACUGGAGGAAGCACAUCAAUGGGCCAGGGGACAACUGUGGGAGAAACUACCACUGAAAUAUCUGGUACAACCACAGAUGCUGAAAUCACAACUAUCCCCUCUGAAACCACUAUAGCUGAAGAGACAACAAUGGCUAGAGAAGUUACAAGCAGCUCUGUUGAGACAGCACCUUCACCUCUGAAAACUACCACAACAGUUGAGGAAACAACGUCUGUAGCAGAAACCCCCAUUACAGAGAUAGCAACAUCUACUGUGAGACUCACAUCAACCUACACGACAGACACCACAGCUACGGAAAUCACGACAGUCCUGUCGGAGGAAACUACAUUAGCAGAAGCUACAACCAAUGUUGUCGAGACAACAUCCAUUCCUGAAACAACAGAAGCCCUAGAGGCAACAACUUUAGAACACAGUACAACUCCAGCCAUGGAAUCCACAACAGUUACAGAAUCAAAAUCAACAACUGCAGUUGCUGACAUUACAACAGACCAGGGGUCAACCAUAAUUACUGUCCAGACCUCAACAGCAGAGCAAUUCACAAGUACUAUUGCAGACACCACAACUGGAGGAAGCACAUCAAUGGGCCAGGGGACAACUGUGGGACAAACUACCACUGAAAUUUCUGGUACAACCACAGAAGCUGAAAUCACAACUAUCCCCUCUGAAACCACUAUAGCUGAAGAGACAACAAUGGCUAGAGAAGUUACAAGCAGCUCUGUUGAGACAGCACCUUCACCUCUGAAAACUACCACAACAGUUGAGGAAACAACGUCUGUAGCAGAAACCCCCAUUACAGAGAUAGCAACAUCUACUGUGAGACUCACAUCAACCUACACGACAGACACCACAGCUACGGAAAUCACGACAGUCCUGUCGGAGGAAACUACAUUAGCAGAAGCUACAACCAAUGUUGUCGAGACAACAUCCAUUCCUGAAACAACAGAAGCCCUAGAGGCAACAACUUUAGAACACAGUACAACUCCAGCCAUGGAAUCCACAACAGUUACAGAAUCAAAAUCAACAACUGCAGUUGCUGACAUUACAACAGACCAGGGGUCAACCAUAAUUACUGUCCAGACCUCAACAGCAGAGCAAUUCACAAGUACUAUUGCAGACACCACAACUGGAGGAAGCACAUCAAUGGGCCAGGGGACAACUGUGGGACAAACUACCACUGAAAUUUCUGGUACAACCACAGAAGCUGAAAUCACAACUAUCCCCUCUGAAACCACUAUAGCUGAAGAGACAACAAUGGCUAGAGAAGUUACAAGCAGCUCUGUUGAGACAGCACCUUCACCUCUGAAAACUACCACAACAGUUGAGGAAACAACGUCUGUAGCAGAAACCCCCAUUACAGAGAUAGCAACAUCUACUGUGGGACUCACAUCAACUUACACGACAGACACCACAGCUACGGAAAUCACAACAGUGUUAUUGGAGGAAACUACAUUAGCAGAAGCUACAACCAAUGUUGUCGAGACAACAUCCAUUCCUGAAACAACAGAAGCCCUAGAGGCAACAACUUUAGAACACAGUACAACUCCAGCCAUGGAAUCCACAACAGUUACAGAAUCAAAAUCAACAACUGCAGUUGCUGACAUUACAACAGACCAGGGGUCAACCAUAAUUACUGUCCAGACCUCAACAGCAGAGCAAUUCACAAGUACUAUUGCAGACACCACAACUGGAGGAAGCAAAUCAAUGGGCCAGGGGACAACUGUGGGACAAACUACCACUGAAAUUUCUGGUACAACCACAGAAGCUGAAAUCACAACUAUCCCCUCUGAAACCACUAUAGCUGAAGAGACAACAAUGGCUAGAGAAGUUACAAGCAGCUCUGUUGAGACAGCACCUUCACCUCUGAAAACCACCACAACCGUUGAGGAAACAACGUCUGUAGCAGAAACCCCCAUUACAGAGAUAGCAACAUCUACUGUGGGACUCACAUCAACUUACAAGACAGACACCACAGCUACGGAAAUCACAACAGUGUUAUUGGAGGAAACUACAUUAGCAGAAGCUACAACCAAUGUUGUCGAGACAACAUCCAUUCCUGAAACAACAAAAGCCCUAGAGGCAACAACUUUAGAACACAGUACAACUCCAGCCAUGGAAUCCACAACAGUUACAGAUACAAAAUUAACAACUGCAGUUGCUGACAUUACAACAGACCAGGGUUCAACCAUUACUGUCCAGACCUCAACAUCAGAGAAAUUCACAAGUACUAUUGCAGACACCACAACUGGAGGAAGCACAUCAAUGGGCCAGGGGACAACUGUGGGAGAAACUACCACUGAAAUAUCUGGUACAACCACAGAUGCUGAAAUCACAACUAUCCCCUCUGAAACCACUAUAGCUGAAGAGACAACAAUGGCUAGAGAAGUUACAAGCAGCUCUGUUGAGACAGCACCUUCACCUCUGAAAACUACCACAACAGUUGAGGAAACAACGUCUGUAGCAGAAACCCCCAUUACAGAGAUAGCAACAUCUACUGUGAGACUCACAUCAACCUACACGACAGACACCACAGCUACGGAAAUCACGACAGUCCUGUCGGAGGAAACUACAUUAGCAGAAGCUACAACCAAUGUUGUCGAGACAACAUCCAUUCCUGAAACAACAGAAGCCCUAGAGGCAACAACUUUAGAACACAGUACAACUCCAGCCAUGGAAUCCACAACAGUUACAGAAUCAAAAUCAACAACUGCAGUUGCUGACAUUACAACAGACCAGGGGUCAACCAUAAUUACUGUCCAGACCUCAACAGCAGAGCAAUUCACAAGUACUAUUGCAGACACCACAACUGGAGGAAGCACAUCAAUGGGCCAGGGGACAACUGUGGGACAAACUACCACUGAAAUUUCUGGUACAACCACAGAAGCUGAAAUCACAACUAUCCCCUCUGAAACCACUAUAGCUGAAGAGACAACAAUGGCUAGAGAAGUUACAAGCAGCUCUGUUGAGACAGCACCUUCACCUCUGAAAACUACCACAACAGUUGAGGAAACAACGUCUGUAGCAGAAACCCCCAUUACAGAGAUAGCAACAUCUACUGUGAGACUCACAUCAACCUACACGACAGACACCACAGCUACGGAAAUCACGACAGUCCUGUCGGAGGAAACUACAUUAGCAGAAGCUACAACCAAUGUUGUCGAGACAACAUCCAUUCCUGAAACAACAGAAGCCCUAGAGGCAACAACUUUAGAACACAGUACAACUCCAGCCAUGGAAUCCACAACAGUUACAGAAUCAAAAUCAACAACUGCAGUUGCUGACAUUACAACAGACCAGGGGUCAACCAUAAUUACUGUCCAGACCUCAACAGCAGAGCAAUUCACAAGUACUAUUGCAGACACCACAACUGGAGGAAGCACAUCAACUGGCCAGGGGACAACUGUGGGACAAACUACCACAGAAAUUUCUGGUACAACCACAGAAGCUGAAAUCACAACUAUCCCCUCUGAAACCACUAUAGCUGAAGAGACAACAAUGGCUAGAGAAGUUACAAGCAGCUCUGUUGAGACAGCACCUUCACCUCUGAAAACCACCACAACAGUUGAGGAAACAACGUCUGUAGCAGAAACCACCAUUACAGAGAUUGCAACAUCUAAUGUGGGACUCACAUCAACUUACACAACAGACACCACAGCUACGGAAAUCACAACAGUGUUAUUGGAGGAAACUACAUUAGCAGAAGCUACAACCAAUGUUGUCGAGACAACAUCCAUUCCUGAAACAACAAAAGCCCUAGAGGCAACAACUUUAGAACACAGUACAACUCCAGCCAUGGAAUCCACAACAGUUACAGAUACAAAAUCAACAACUGCAGUUGCUGAAAUUACAACAGACCAGGGGUCAACCAUAAUUACUGUCCAGACCUCAACAGCAGAGCAAUUCACAAGUACUAUUGCAGACACCACAACUGGAGGAAGCACAUCAAUGGGCCAGGGGACAACUGUGGGACAAACUACCACUGAAAUUUCUGGUACAACCACAGAAGCUGAAAUCACAACUAUCCCCUCUGAAACCACUAUAGCUGAAGAGACAACAAUGGCUAGAGAAGUUACAAGCAGCUCUGUUGAGACAGCACCUUCACCUCUGAAAACCACCACAACCGUUGAGGAAACAACGUCUGUAGCAGAAACCACCAUUACAGAGAUUGCAACAUCUAAUGUGGGACUCACAUCAACUUACACGACAGACACCACAGCUACGGAAAUCACAACAGUGUUAUUGGAGGAAACUACAUUAGCAGAAGCUACAACCAAUGUUGUCGAGACAACAUCCAUUCCUGAAACAACAAAAGCCCUAGAGGCAACAACUUUAGAACACAGUACAACUCCAGCCAUGGAAUCCACAACAGUUACAGAUACAAAAUUAACAACUGCAGUUGCUGACAUUACAACAGACCAGGGGUCAACAAUAAUUACUGUCCAGACCUCAACAUCAGAGAAAUUCACAAGUACUAUUGCAGACACCACAACUGGAGGAAGCACAUCAAUGGGCCAGGGGACAACUGUGGGAGAAACUACCACUGAAAUAUCUGGUACAACCACAGAAGCUGAAAUCACAACUAUCCCCUCUGAAACCACUAUAGCUGAAGAGACAACAAUGGCUAGAGAAGUUACAAGCAGCUCUGUUGAGACAGCACCUUCACCUCUGAAAACUACCACAACAGUUGAGGAAACAACGUCUGUAGCAGAAACCCCCAUUACAGAGAUAGCAACAUCAACUGUGAGACUCACAUCAACCUACACGACAGACACCACAGCUAUGGAAAUCACGACAGUCCUGUCGGAGGAAACUACAUUAGCAGAAGCUACAACCAAUGUUGUCGAGACAACAUCCAUUCCUGAAACAACAGAAGCCCUAGAGGCAACAACUUUAGAACACAGUACAACUCCAGCCAUGGAAUCCACAACAGUUACAGAUACAAAAUCAACAACUGCAGUUGCUGACAUUACAACAGACCAGGGGUCAACCAUAAUUACUGUCCAGACCUCAACAGCAGAGCAAUUCACAAGUACUAUUGCAGACACCACAACUGGAGGAAGCACAUCAAUGGGCCAGGGGACAACUGUGGGACAAACUACCACUGAAAUUUCUGGUACAACCACAGAAGCUGAAAUCACAACUAUCACCUCUGAAACCACUUUAGCUGAAGAGACAACAAUGGCUAGAGAAGUUACAAGCAGCUCUGUUGAGACAACACACCCACCUCUGGAAUCAAGCACAAUGGUUGAGGAAACAACUUCUGCAGCAGAAACCACCAUUACAGAGAUAUAUACAAGUACUGUGGGACAAACAUCAACUUAUGCCACAGAGACCACAGCUAUGGAAACCACAACAGUGCCAUCGGAGGAAAUUACAUUAGCAGAAACUACAACUAAUGUUUUUGAGACAACAUCCAUUCCUGAAACAACAGUAGCUACAGAGACAACAACUUUAGAAGAUGGUACAACUCCAGCCAUGGAAUCCCCAACAGUUACAGAAACAAAAUCAACAAUGGCAGUUGCUGACAUUACAACAGAUCAGGGGUCAACCAUAAUUACUCUCCAGGCCUCAACAGCAGUGCAACUCACAAGUACUAUUGCAGACACCACAACUGGAGGAAGCAUAUCAACGGGUCAGGAGACAACUGUGGGACAAACUAGCACUGAAAUCUCUGAGAGAACCACAGAAGCUGAUAUCACAACUACCUCCUCUGAAACCACCUUCGCCAAAGAGACAACAACAGAUAGAGAAAUUACAAGUAGUUCUGUUGAGACAACACCUCCACCUCUGAAAACCACCACAACAGUUGAGGAAACGUCUGUAGCAGAAACCACCAUUACAGAGAUAGCAACAGCUUCUGUGAGACUUACAUCAACUUACACCACAGACACCACAGCUACGGAAAUCACAACAGUGUUAUUGGAGGCAACUACAUUAGCAGAAGCUACAACCAAUGUUGUUGAGACAACACCCAUUCCUGAAACAACAGUAGCCACAGAGGCAACAACUUUAGAACACAGUACAACUCCAGCCAUGGAAUCCACAACAGUUAAAGAAACAAAAUCAACAACUGCAGUUGCUGAUAUUACAACAGACCAGGGGUCAACUAUCAUUACUGUCCAGGCCUCGUCAGCAGAGCAAUUCACAAGUACUAUUGCAGACACCACAACUGGAGGAAGCACAUCAAUGGGCCAGGAGACAACUGUGGGAAAAACUACCACUGAAAUUUCUGGUACAACCACACAAGCUGAAAUCACAACUAUCACCUCUGAAACCACUUUAGCUGAAGAGACUACAACGGCUAGAGAAGUUACAAGCAGCUUUGUUGAGACAACACCUCCACCUCUGAAAACCACCACAACAGUUGAGGAAUCAACGUCUAUAGCAGAAACCACCAUUAGAGAGAUAGCAACAGCUACUGUGGGACUCACAUCAACUUACACCACAGACACCACAGCUAAACAAAUCACAACAGUCCUAUCGGAGGAAACUACAUUAGCAGAAGCUACAACCAAUGCUGUUGAGACAACACCCAUUCCUGAAACAACAGUAGCCACAGAGGGAACAACUUUAGAACACAGUACAACUCCAGCCAUGGAAUCCACAACAGUUACAGAAACAAAAUCAACAACUGCAGCUGCUGACAUUACAACAGACCAAGGGUCAACUAUCAUCACUCUCCAGACCUCAACAGCAGAGCAAUUCACAAGUACUAUUGCAGACACCACAAUUAGACAAAGCGCAUCAACUGGUCAGGAGACAACUAUGGGAACAGAAAUGACAUCCAAGACAACAACAGAAGCUGAUAUCACAACUACCGCCUCUGUAACCACCUUAGCUGAUAAGACAACAACAGCUACAACAACAGCUACAACUCCAUCUGUUAUACAUUCAAGUGCAACAACCAGUACCACUACCAAAAAAACAACCAGUACCACUACCAAAAAAACAACCAGUACCACUACCAAAAAAACAACCAGUACCACUACUAGAAAAACAACCAAAGCCCCUAUCACUGCAAAGCCAUUGGAAUGUAUAAAUGGAGGAAUCUACGAUAAAUUCGGUAUUAAAUGCAUUUGUCCGUCUGAUUUCUAUGGUACGCUAUGCGAGUUUAUAAUGGAUAGAGUUCCUAUUGAUACAACCAUUAAAACUGCCGUAAAUGUAACACUGAGAAUCACCAAUGAAAAUUUUAAAGAAGAACUAAAGAAUAACUCCACAAAAGAAUAUAAAGAUUUUGAGAAAAAAUUCAAAGAGGAGAUGAAGUCUGUUUAUAGCAGCAUCCAAGGAUUCAAAGAGGUGAUCAUCCUUUCAAUCAAGAAUGGCAGUAUCAUUGUGGAUCAUGAUGUGAUUGUAGAGAUUAACAUCAAUGAAAGCGCCCCUAUCAAACAACAGUAUGAUAAGAUCUACGAAGAAAUGAAGGUUCAAUUGAAAGAUCUCACUGAGUCCAACUGCACAAACUGCAGUCUGCGUUUUGAUCCUGAUUCCACCCAGGUCGAGAAAAUACCUCCACCAAAUGAGCAAGAACUGUGCAGCAACAAACUUGACCCUGGAUUUCGGGAAUAUUAUUCUGCCACUUUCAUUAAUGAUGGAAUGGUCUGCAUAUCACAGUGCGAUCAACAAUCAGCUAAAUAUUUCAAUUGUUAUGGUGGCAACUGUCAGAUAAAGCAAUCUGUUGGGCCUCAGUGCUUCUGCCCUGAAACAGAAGUCUACAUAUAUGCAACAGGAAACUGCCAAGGGAAGAUGCUAAAAUCCGUUGUGUAUGGGGGUGUAGGAGCCGCCAUCGCUGUCCUAUUCAUUAUUAUUGCCGUCAUUGGGCUGUUGUUCUAUAGAGCCAGAAGGUCUAAGAAACAGGAGGCAUUUUCCAAGGAUGAUGCCGAUGAUGUGUGGAGUGUGGACAGUCAGGAUCAGUGGAACAUUCAGAGCGGUUUCAAUACAAAUCAAGAAGAGUAUGAAUAUUCAAAUUCAAACAGAAGUCAUUCCCAAAGUACCUUCAGGCCUUCAUUGGAAAAUGUAGACACAUCAGUGCAGGUGACGAUACAAAGGCCAGUUAUUUCGCAUGUUUGAACGACAGCCAGCCCUCGCCAAUUACAGGAAAUUAUUGCACUGGCACCAAUUAAUUGAGAGCAAUGUCAUUAUACUGAGACUUGGAGGAGAGCCCUCAAGAUCUGCCACAUACUGUACUGUUGGAUACUGUUCCAGACCAACGUUUCAAGACUAUCAGUUUCACCAGGGUGGAGGAGGGUGAUCGGGGGAUCAUAUACACAAUGAAUACCUGUUUUUGAUCCAUUGCUUAAUUCUAUGCUGGACUCAUAGUCAAGACAAUAAUGGGCCUUAAAAUAUUAACCUGCUCUCCAAAAUAGCUUUCCUUCUCCCUUCACACAUUAGUGGUUCUUGGCCCUGCCACUAAGUUUUCCAGUUGGUUGGUGAUGCCUGAUCCCAAUAGAAUAUCCAGUCCCUGCAACUAUUUUAUUUAGCCUGGCCUCUCUCCUAGACUUCUGUUUACUAAAUCAUGUGUUCGGUUCUUUGCUGUAGAUUUUCUGUAUUCAAAAUUGUUUACAUUGACAAAUUAAGUGCUUUUAUUUAUUAAUUUAAUACCAGCUAUAUCAUCUUUAAAGCAUCCAUUUAAGGCUAUUUAAGUCAAGGCAAUAAAUAGAUCAGUUAUACAGAAUGGAUGAAGGGACCCUCUUCAACUUUAAACUUAGAUUUUGGAAAAACAGUAAAAAAAUAAAUAAUGGAAAGUAAUUGGAAAAAGUCUUUAUUU